AUGAGCAUACCGGCUUCAGAGACGCAGUCAGAUAAGAUCCCCUUGACCAAAGGCCGUUCGAACGGUGGACGGAACCUCAAAGCUAGAGUCAAACGCCAAGCUACUUCUAGCUACCUCGGCUCGGCUGCGGCCGGGGGGUAUGAGACCACGCCCAUAAAAUAUACUGGCGAAACUGAGAUAUUUGAAGAGGGCGGAGAUGAGAGGAUUUUACUGAACGUGGGCGGAGUCAGACAUGAGACGCAUGUGUCUACACUAAGGAAUAUACCACGGUCAAGAUUAUCACGAUUGGCUGAAGUGCAUUUGGAUAACGGAGGAGGCAGGCAGGAGUACUUCUUUGACCGGCAUCCGGCUGUCUUCAACUCCAUCAUAGACUUCUACAGAACGGGUGAGUCCUUUAUA